AUCUUCUAGCUAUUUUGUAGAGAGAUAUUAUAAACGCUGCCAUGCAAAUUGUCGGUGAGGCAAUUGUGAAAAUCGUAGACAUCCUCAAAAUUUCUCCUUCAACCACCAUUAGGGUGGCUGAUCUGGGUUGUUCAGUUGGGCCUAACACCUUCUUCGCAAUGGAAAACAUACUAGAAGCUAUUGAGCUCAAGUGCCAAAACCAAGGGCUCGAUUCUCAAAUCCCUGAAUUCCAAGUCUUCUUCAAUGAUCAGACCUCCAAUGACUUCAACAGUCUCUUCUCAUCCCUCCCUCCCAAUGGGCGAUAUCAUUCGGCUGGGGUUCCGGGUUCUUUCUACUCUCGCCUGUUUCCCAAUCACUCUCUUCAUAUUGUUCAUUCAUCCUUCUCCAUUCAGUGGCUUUCAAGAGUGCCGAAGAAGGUGGUGGACAGAAGUUCUCCCGCCUGGAACAAAGGAAGGAUCUAUUACGCAAGUGCUGCGGAUGAAGUUGUUGAGGCCUAUUCAGCUCAGUGUGCAGAGGACAUGGCACGGUUUUUGCAGGCGAGGGCACAAGAGAUUGCAGAUGGUGGGUUGAUGAUUCUAAUCUUUCCAGCCCGCCUCGAUGGAAUUCCGCAUUCUCAAUUCAGUAACAAUAUAAUGUUCGACAUGUUGGGAUGUUGCCUCAUGGACAUGGCCCAAAAGGCAAGGAAUAUGAUAUUGCAGGGAAUAGUAAGCGAAGAGAAAGUGGACAUGUUUAACUUGCCACUGUAUUUCAUUUCCGCCCAAGAGCUGGAAGCGAUUAUAGAGAGAAACGGAUGUUUCAGCAUUGAGAAAAUGGAGAUCCUACAUCCCACCAUAACUGCACAAUCGCUUAUAAGCACUCCUCAUAAAGGCCAAGCGAUCUCGUUCCACAUACGAGCUGCCACGGAGGGACUCAUCAAGGCACAUUUUGGAGAGGAGAUCCUGGAUCAACUCUUUGACUCAUAUUCUAGAAAGGUCGAAGACGAGUAUUCUCUGAUUGUGUCUGCGAUAACACUAAACUAUUGUGCUGUGCUUAAACGCAAAACUAUGAAUUAG